CCAUCUAGCUUGCUCGGUGUUGCAGAGGCGUGUGCGUACGUGCUUGUGACACAUCUCGCCACGGUCUAUCAAGUAUUCUGGCGCCCCAUGGUAAAGAUGCACUGGUCCUUGGACAUGCUGCCCUCGCCUCCUUACGUUGAGCUGGGCGUCCACUCACUAUGCGGCCUUUUGUGGACGCUGGCCUUCUUGUUCCUGUGGCACUGUUAUCGGAUGGGCUCGGACCUCCCGAUGGCGGGUCACGCGCACGGGGGGAAAAUCAGCUCGAGAAGAUCCGCCAUGUCUCUCGGGGGAAGCUGCGCAGGAGCAAAGUAUAAAUCGCAGUCCAAGCUGUUCAGGGGGGAUCAAAAGAACCGCUUUAUAAGCAUGGAAACAGAAGAGGACGAGGAGCUGGGGCGAGGCUACCUCGCCCCGGUCCUGAGCCACUCCUUGUUCCCGGCGCAGGCUUCUGCACAGGCCAGGAAGCUUUACUCAGCCCUGCAGGAAUACGCCAAACGCUACAGCUGGGUGGGAAUGGGCCGCAUUCACAAAGGCCUUCGGAAGCAGAUGAAAUUAAACGAGCACUCGGCCAUCCAGAAGCCGCACCUCUUCUUCCUGCCUGACGUCCCAAGCGUUCCCUUUUUCCCACGGGAUGCUCAUCGCCACGAUAUCGAAGUCUUGGAAGCCAACUACACGGUCAUCCUGGCUGAGUUCCAGGCGGUUUACCAGAGAGGCAUUGACUCCAAACUGGGCUGGAGCGUGGGAGCAAAGGGCCAGGCCGUGUUCCCGCUGUACAGCGCAGGCGUGUACGUGACGGACAAUUGUCGCGCCUGUCCUUGCACCUACCGGACACUUCUGUCCCUGCGCACGUUCAUAAGCAGCAACUCCUUGGGAUCGGCCGGAUUUUGGUUGCUGGGGCCCGGUGCCGCUCUGGGGAGCUCAUAUGGACCCACUAAUACGCGGCUGCGCUGUCAUCUAGGUCUGCAAACGCCCCCUCUGUGUGAGCUGGUGGUGGGAGGGGAGCCUCAAUGCUGGUCUGAGGGACACUGCCUGCUGAUUGAUGACUCCUUCCUUCACACAGCGGCUCACAAAGGGCCCCCAGAUGCCGGACCCCGAGUCAUUCUCAGCGUGGACGUGUGGCAUCCCAACGUGGCUGCGGCCGAGAGACAAGCCUUGGACUUCAUGUUCAGUCCUGAUGUCUGAGCAGUGCCUUGCUGCAUGGAAAUAUGCAUCCAAGUUCUUUCACUCACGUGAUGUAAUAUUCUCACCAACUUGACUGCAUGCAUAUUGUGGAAAAUCAAAUGAAAUAGAAAUGCCACUUUUUCAUUUGUUUACAAUUGAUGGAUAGGUCAACUCAUUUGCAUGGCUUUUCCACGAAUAAGUUUAGCAGGAAACUGAAACUCUAUUUAAAUUGCUUUUUGGAAGGCUGCCUUACCGGUCCCAAUUUUCCUUGUGACUCAUUUUUAGUCAAAUGGAUGUACUCAAUCAAUUUGAAUCAUCAAGUGAUUUGAAGUGGAGAACAAAAUGGAUGGUUCUUGGAUUUUGUUUUGAUUUACAUCGCUGACAAACAUAAUAAGGACAUAAAAGAGAUAUCUCCAUAUUUUGAAAUGAUUAAACCUUCUCUUUGUUUACAUUUGA